AUGUCUACAAGUGCCUCUUCUUCUAAAAUUGUCCGUCAUGUAUCGAAGGUUUGUCAUGUAGAUGAACAACAACUUUAUUUGAGUGAACGUGUUUGGGCGUGUGCUUGGCAUUUUGGUGGGAAAUUAAUUGCUUCGGCUGGGGAGGAUAAAACAAUCAAGGUUUUUUUGAGAGAUUACUUGAAGGAUUUUUUAAUUUUUAAAUUAAAAAAUAAGAUUUGGAAGUGUGAAGAGGAGGAAAAUAAACAAAAUAAUGGAAAAAUUGAAGCAACUUCUGAAGGAACAAUUCGAGGUGAUCAGACUCGUUCAAUUCGUUGGGUGUGCUUUUCCCCCUGUGGAAGGUUUCUUGCUGCAGCUAGUUUUGAUGCUACAAUAAUUAUUUAUGAGAGAAAUAAAAGCUCCAAUGAAUUUGAAGAACUCCACAAAUUAGAAGGACACGAGUGUGAGGUAAAGUGCUGCAGUUUUUCAAUAAGUGGACACUAUCUUGCAACUUGCUCUAGAGAUAAAACUGUUUGGAUUUGGAAAGGUUUAAUUCAGUUAACUUAA